AUGAGGGAAGACUUAUUCGAUAAAUUGUUAGGAAAAUUGCUUGAAGUUGAUCCAGAAUGGCAGCAACGUCCAGAUGCAACCGGUACUAUGGGGCAUUCUCCGCAUAUGAAAUUAGUUGUCGUGAUGAAAUGUUUAUGGAAAAGUACGGCAGCUGAUAGUGUUGAUGAUUACACUCGUAUGGGUGCAACUACAAUAUGCAUGUAUCUAAAAAGAUUUUGCCACACCAUUUGCAUGACUUUUGGAGAAAGAUAUUUGUGUGAACCCAAACCUGAAGAUGUUCAGAGGUUGCUAGCUGAGAAUGCGGAACGAGGUUUUCCUGGAAUGUUUGGUAGUGUUGAUUGUAUGCAAUGGCCAUGGAAGAAUUGUCUGGUAGCUUGGCAAGGAACUUACCGGGUUAAAGACAAACAUAGUAGUUUGGUAUUAGAGGUGGUGGCAUCAUCCGAUUUGUGGUUUUGGCAUGCAUUUUUUGGAAUGCGUGGAUCAAACAACGAUUUGAAUGUGUUGGCACACUCACUCCUUUUUGCUAACAUGCUAAAGGGUGUAGCACCUCCAUGCAAUUAUGUAAUCAAUGGUCACCAAUACCAUAUGGGUUAUUUCUUAACCGAUGGUAUCUAUCCAAAGUUGACUACAAUUAUACAAGCUUUUAGUCAAACAUUGGAAGUUCCCGAGUAUGUGAGAUUCAACAAGUAUCAAAUGGCUAAAAGGAAGGAUGUCGAGCAUGCUUUUGGAGUGCUUCAGGGUAAAUACAGAAUUGUCGGAUCACCAUGUAAGUAUUUUUAA